CCUUCAGACUCUCUCUGAAAGUAAGAGAUAAAGAGAGAGGAGGAUGCAGUCUUCGCCUUCUUCUGCUCUGAAUUUUGAGGGAUUAACGAACCAGUAUAAAACGACGUGGAUCCAACCGUAGAAGGAAAUGGCAUCGAUCAGCGGGCCUUUUCCCCGUUAGAGGCGACGGACGGCUCGCGUUAACCCCGGUGACCUGUCACACAGCUGUGUUAUUUGUUUGUCGGUCUGCUCACCUCCUACCGUGGAACGGGACUUACGGGAAGCGUAUCGCCGCUUGUUAUGGAGCAGAAUCCCGCGUCGAAAUGAGUUUUAACGCGCGGGAUGGUUGGAACGGGUCCUCCACACCGGCGCUUUACGCGGAGGAGAGCUCUCCGCUCUCCAACCUCUCACUCUCUGCCGGGACCCACGCGGACUCCAACGGCACGGCUCCACUGGACCUGAGCCGGGCUAUCCCGGUGGGAAUGGUGCUCGCCUCUUUCAUCAUGUUCGCCAUCGUGGGCAACAUCAUGGUCAUACUGUCGGUGGUGUGCAACAGGCAGCUGCGCAUCCCCACCAACUACUUCAUUAUCAACCUGGCCAUCGCCGACCUGUUGCUGGGCACGACGGUGCUGCCCGUGUCCGCGACGCUGGAGGUCCUGGAUUACUGGGUGUUCGGGAGGAUAUUCUGCGACAUUUGGGCCGCGGUGGACGUCUUGUGCUGCACGGCGUCUAUUAUGUCGCUGUGCGCCAUCUCCAUCGACCGGUACAUCGGGGUGAGCUACCCGCUCCAGUACCCCAUGAUCGUGACCAAGAAGCGGGCGCUCUUGGCGAUGCUCGGGGUCUGGGUGCUGGCCAUUAUCAUAUCCAUCGGGCCGCUGCUGGGAUGGAAGCAGCCUCCCUCUCAGGACGUCAGGGUGUGCCCCAUCACGGAGGAGCCCUUCUACGCGCUCUUCUCCUCGCUGGGCUCCUUCUACAUCCCGCUGGCCGUCAUCCUGGCCAUGUACUGCCAGGUGUACGUGGUGGCCAAGCGCACCACCCGCAACCUGGAGGCCGGCGUGGUGAAGGAGAACUCCAACGAGGUCACCCUCCGGAUCCACUGCCGCAACCAGCAGAUCCAGGACCUGUGCGUGGGCAAGAACAACGGCCACGGAGCGACGGGGGGCCGCACCGGCAACCUGACGGUGAAGCUGCUCAAGUUCUCGCGGGAGAAGAAGGCGGCCAAGACGCUGGGCGUGGUGGUGGGCAUGUUCAUCCUGUGCUGGCUGCCCUUCUUCCUGGCGCUGCCCAUCGGCUCCUUCAACACCAACCUGCGGCCCUCUAAGACAUUUUUCAAGGUCAUCUUUUGGCUGGGCUACUUCAACAGCUGCCUGAACCCCAUCAUCUACCCCUGUUACAGUCGGGAGUUCAAGCAGGCCUUCAUCCGCAUCCUGCGCUGCCAGUGGAAGAAGAAGAAGAAGGGCUGGCAGGCCUACUACAACUACCGCUGCCAACAGGGCUCCAACACCUCCUCCUUCCUCAACGGCAGCCAGCAGACUCUCUCCUCCGUGCACCCCAGCCCGCGCUGCGUCGCCACACGCCUGGACCCCGCCCCCUGGACCUCCAGAGGGGGGCACUUCCUCUCGCCGUCCCCCCCCCUCCCCGGGAGUCCCUGUGCGGGGCCGCAGGUCCAACACGCGGCCCUGGCCCCCGCGGGCAGGGCACCCCCGGUGAAGCCCGUCUCCCCCCUGGCGAGGGAGGUCGGGGCGGGGGCCGGCCGUGGGACUGGGGCGGGGUCGCGGCGGGAGGCGUCGCUGUCGGCGAACGGACAGAGUUUGAAGAAGCACCGGGUGGAGGUGCAGCGGGAUGUUGCCGUGGCGAUGCGUGGGGAGUCGGCUGACAGCUAA